GUGCUUACGUGGACGCUUCCUAUAUUCGCCAUUGCAGUAACCCUCUUCCGACUGUGGGUGCGGGCCCGCAAGCGACAGCUUGGAUGGGAUGAUUUUUGGGCAAUGGCAGCUGUAAUAUGCUUUGUUAUCUUCAUCUCAGCGAUGGAGCUUCAUUUCCGAGACGAGCGUAGGUGCUCUAAACUGUCGAUAUUGUUCACUACUAUCCGCUUGACUGCUCCGGGGACAUUCAGACGAUGGCUCAUUCGUUCAGCCUUUUGUUUUGGCUGUGCCUGGGCCGUCCUAUUUUCUCAGGUGUUUUGGGUCUGCGAGAAUCAACCUGGAUGGAAGGAUACCCCGCAACCGCAAUGCGACCUUGGACGCAAUGUGGCCAUCGCUCAAGUUAUCACCGAUGUCGCGACUGACGCAGUAUUAAUAGGCGCACCAUUGAAGUUGAUUUGGAAGGUCAAGCUGACGAGAACACAGAAGAUUCGCAUUUUUGCGGUGUUCAGCACCACUACAAUCGCCACAGCCGUAAGCCUAUACCAUUCCUACGCCAUCCUGCGGUACGGCGGGUUCGAGGAAGCGCGUGCCGCUGUUAUACAGGAUGGUGUCAGCCUAAUCGUGGCAGAUCUCAGUGUCAUUGUCGCGUUCUUCAUGCAGAUCAGUUCUGUGGAUGAUUCCAGCGCACCGGUGGCCGUCGAAUUAGUGAACGUCAGGAAGUCAGGUGGCGCCGCGGAAGCCCUCACAGUUAAUGUUGAUACCAGCACGACCGUAUUCCACGACUAUCAGUACAAUAACUCGGACUUGGUCAAGGUCCCUCUCGGUGUCAAUUCCGAUGUGAAGACACGCUCAUUGCAACCUGAAGAAUAUGAGGAGGGCUCCGGUAUGCGGGUGGGAGAAGUGUAA